GGGCUGCGUUGGGCUUCGCUGUUUGUCUUUUCCCCUAGACUGCCUUGAGCCCCUCCUUGUUUUGUAUCUCGCUAGGGGAGAGGGAGAGAGAGAGUCAUGUUUACAUUCUGCACAGGGUCUAUAGCGCAAGGAUAGAGACCGUUUCCUAUCUCCCAAUCUCCCAUUAUACGAACAGGUGUUAUGUCUAUUGAAAGAUGAUUUGAACAUCCCAAUAAGAAUGCAUUGUUCUCCUUCCUCUUUUUAUAGUGAUAUUUCCGUCUGCAACAUUGCAGUGUUUUUCUCUGCAGUGAAGCAAUCGGACAGCCAGGGCUGACGUGCAGAUAAGAUGCUCAGACAUAAUACACGAUGCCCACUUCAUUUUAUUCCACAGAUAACGAUCCUGUGCAAGGACUUCUAUCGGUAAAGACAGCGGUUAGACGCCACAAGUGCCUCCAGCACCCCUGCUCUCCUUUUGUCGGUCCCCACGACGUCACCAAUGCGACCAUGGGAAAUAGCAGUGACUAGGCGGCCACCGACAGCCCCCUUGAACCAGAGGAGGUUCCUAGGAGAGCCCUGCAACACCCCAGUGCACCUCAGGAGAAGCCCGCCGGUGAGACGACAGUGGGGGAGUCGAGACCGACCGGUCGUUCUGCACGACUCCUCGCUCCAGGAUGAGAACUUCCACCACCCUCUCUUCUCCCAGCAACACCAGCGGGUUCUUUUAGAUGAGGCCAGACAGUACAGCCGCAUGCUCCACCCUGCCGCACACCCACCUCGGCAUCAACAGACCCCCAUCAUGGUGGAUGUACACGACCAGAUGCACCAGGAAUCCGUUCCGAUCUCUUACACUGUUACCACGGUGACGACGCACGGUUUCCCCAUCCACACCGGGCAACCUCUCCCAGGGUGCAACAGUCAGCAGCUCCCAGCAUGCUCGGUAAUGUUCAGCGGACAGCUCUCUCUGCUCUGCUGCCUUCCUCCUCCUCUCAUCCAAGCCUGUACAAUGCAGCAUUUGCCAGUGUCUUACCAAGCUUUCCCACCCCUGAUCUCCAGCGAACAUUUUAUAUUGCACCCCAACCCCCCGGGGCCACCACCCCACCAGCCUCCUCACCUUACUCCUCUCAGCCAGUUCCUCCCUCUCCAGAGGCAGCACCCACGCAUGCCUCUCCAGAGGGUAGAGAAUGAAGUGGACCUCAGGGGGGACCAGCAUCCAUUAGGAACGUUCUCUUACCCUGCCUCGAGCCUCCACCACCCACCAGCGCUGCCUCCCUCUGUCCCCCUCCAGUACCUCCCUCAGGAGCCUCUGCACCAGGAGAUGCCCUCCUUCUCAGUGCCAUACCCCCACAUGCUGCCGCGACGUGUCAGUGGUCACAGGUACCGGUUACAGCAGCCCCUGCCCCCCCCGCCGCCGCCACCACCCUACUACCCAGGCUUCCUGCCCUACUUCCUGUCGAUGCUUCCUGUGCCUCCCACAGCAGUGGGACCAGCCAUCAGUCUAGACCUGGAUGUAGAUGACGUGGAGAUGGAGAACUAUGAGGCAUUACUGAACCUGGCUGAAAGGCUGGGAGAGGCUAAACCACGAGGAAUCGCCAAGGCAGACAUCGAACAGCUUCCAUCCUACAGGUUCAACCUCGACAACCAUCAAUCUGAACAAACGCUGUGUGUGGUGUGCUUUAGUGACUUCGAGUGUCGGCAGCUGCUGAGGGUAUUACCCUGCAACCACGAGUUCCACGCCAAGUGUGUCGACAAAUGGUUAAAGACUAAUCGCACUUGUCCAAUCUGCCGGGCGGACGCGUCAGAGGUGCACCGCGAGGUGGAGUGACUGAUACCCAGGCUUUGAGAUCUUUGAUUGGAAAGCAGCACAAAACUAAACCCACCGGAGCCUGUCUGUCUUAGCGCCUGCCUCGGCCUCAACCUGCCCGGGGCCUUCUGCCACCUACCCUGCCUGCUUCCUGUGGCCUCCUGCCUGCUUCCUGCGGCCUCCUGCCACCUACCCUGCCUGCUUCCUGUGGCCUCCUGCCACCCCUCCUGCCUGCUUCCUGUGGCCUCCUGCCACCCCUCCUGCCUGCUUCCUGUGGCCUCCUGCCACCCCUCCUGCCUGCUUCCUGUGGCCUCCUGCCACCCCUCCUGCCUGCUUCCUGUGGCCUCCUGCCACCCCUCCUGCCUGCUUCCUGCGGCCCCCACCACUACCUACCCUGCCUGCUUCCUGCGGCCCCCACCACUACCUACCCUGCCUGCUUCCUGCGGCCCCCACCACUACCUACCCUGCCUGCUUCCUGCGGCCCCCACCACCACCUACCCUGCCUGCUUCCUGCGGCCCCUACCACCACCUAUCCUGCCUGCGUCCCCCCUACCACCACUCCAACAACAAUAAGCAAUCUAAGAUUGUAUGUCUGGAGCUCCUUCCCCCCCGGUCGUUCCUCUGCUGUGUCUGAUGAAAAGCUCCUGCCUACCAUAGCCUCAUAGCCACAGAGUUGUCCAGUCAGUCUGCCUGCCUGGGACAGCCAUUGAUCCACCACCUCGAUCUGCUCCUCUGCCUGGGACAGCCAUUGAUCCACCACCUCGAUCUGCUCCUCUGCCUGGGACAGCCAUUGAUCCACCACCUCGAUCUGCUCCUCUGCCUGGGACAGCUAUUGAUCCACCACCUCGAUCUGCUCCUCUGCCUGGGACAGCCAUUGAUCCACCACCUCGAUCUGCUCCUCUGCCUGGGCCAGCUAUUGAUCCACCACCUCGAUCUGCUCCUCUGCCUGGGACAGCCAUUGAUCCACCACCUCGAUCUGCUCCUCUGCCUGGGACAGCCAUUGAUCCACCACCUCGAUCUGCUCCUCUGCCUGGGACAGCUAUUGAUCCACCACCUCGAUCUGCUCCUCUGCCUGGGACAGCUAUUGAUCCACCACCUCGAUCUGCUCCUCUGCCUGCCCCAGUGUUGCAGAUUCCAAAGAUGCGACCUACCAUAUGUUGUUAUCGUCGUAGGGCUUUUACGUUUACAAGGUUUUUCCUUUUUCGUUACCUUGUGGUUUUUGGUUAGUUCUUUGUGACAGAUGGGCGUUGGAGCUGCUUGACAAGCUGCAUGUGAGAUGGUGAUGACAAGAGGUGUGGGGUGAGGGCCUGGUGGAGUGGAGAGAGGAGUCCACACAUUGUUCGAUCAGCAGACCAGUAAUGGGAAUGCCUCAACACGGUUAAAACUGUAGACCAUGUAGACCAUUCCACUGGCUGACUGACCGUCAUAGUACUGUAGGAGACUAGACCAUUCCACUGGCUGACUGACCGUCAUAGUACUGUAGGAGACUAGACCAUUCCACUGGCUGACUGACCGUCAUAGUACUGUAGGAGACUAGACCAUUCUACUGGCUGACUGACCGUCAUAGUACUGUAGGAGAGGAGACCAUUCCACUGGCUGACUGACCGUCAUAGUACUGUAGGAGACUAGACUAUUCCACUGGCUGACUGACCGUCAUAGUACUGUAGGAGACUAGACCAUUCCACUGGCUGACUGACCGUCAUAGUACUGUAGGAGACUAGACCAUUCCACUGGCUGACUGACCGUCAUAGUACUGUAGGAGACUAGAUCAUUCCACUGACUGACUGACCGCCAUAGUACUGUAGGAGACUAGACCAUUCCACUGGCUGACUGACCGUCAUAGUACUGUAGGAGACUAGACCAUUCCACUGGCUGACUGACCGUCAUAGUACUGUAGGAGAGGAGACCAUUCUACUGACUGACUGACCGUCAUAGUACUGUAGGAGAGGAGACCAUUCCACUGGCUGACUGACCGUCAUAGUACUGUAGGAGAGGAGACCAUUCCACUGGCUGACUGACCGCCAUAGUACUGUAGGAGAGGAGACCAUUCUACUGGCUGACUGACCGUCAUAGUACUGUAGGAGAGGAGACCAUUCCACUGGCUGACUGACCGUCAUAGUACUGUAGGAGAGGAGACCAUUUUACUGGCGGAACGACCGUCAUAGUACUGUAGGAGAGGAGACCAUUCCACUGGCUUGGAGGAGGAGCCUGGCUGACUGACCGUCAUAGAUGCAUGUUUGUGUAGGUGACUGAUGGGUUAAAGUGACCUGUUAAUAAUAUAUGUUUUGCAAUAAUGUAUUGAUGAUUUCAAUAGUUUGUUCCCUAUUUGUUUGUGUUCUUUUUCAAUCUGCUAAUGCUAUUGUGAAUGUGUGACUUGCUGUGGUUAAAAUUAGCCUCAUCUGGCACUGAGAAUGAUGGUCUACCACUGACUUCUGACUUGUUGGGGAUAUAUCCAUUCCUUCACGCCCUGUUGUCCCCCCCCACUGUGAUACACAACUGACUGGACGGAGGGAGGAGGAGAUUAUGCUGUGGAGUUUCCCUUUUUGUUCUGGUCAAGGUCCUCAGAUCGGCCCCCCCAGAGAGAGGAGAGGAGGGGACACUGCCUGUCUGUGAAGUCAUCUGCCCUUUCUGCAAAUGAACCACAUCCAUCCUCCUCUCCGGCCUCGGCCCUGUGCGAGUUGCCCGGCUGGAUCUCAGGCAGCGCUGAGGGGGUUGCAUAGACUGUUGAUUCAGACUAGCAAUAUUUUAAUCCAACGUCGCCAUUUUAAAAGGAAAACAACAACAAGCAAACAUAAACAAGGAAUUCUGGCUCACCCGGGAGAGGGGGACCCCGGGAGAGGGGGCUUCACUACCCCAGUAUCUCCCACGCUGACUGCUGCUGGGGAGCUUGAUGCAUUAAACCGUAUGAGUGAUGGGUUUUAAAUGUGGACAUUUCUUCCUUCCUGUUUUUGGAAGAUCCAGGCAUUUAUUUGUUUGUGAGCCAAAUAUUCAAUAUAAUAUAUAUAUAAAUAUAUAUACUCUUUCAAGAUUUCAGAUCUGCCUUCAAUACCUUGACAAGCACAAACUCUAUUUACUUAUUAAUCUUAAAAAAAAAAAAAAAUCCCUUUGUCAUUUCCACUUGUUUUUAAGAGUAUAAUUUUUAAAUAGUAUUAUUUAUUGUUUUUUUUUUAGCUAUCUUAGAGACAACGUGUUAAAGGACAGAGCACUAACGUGGAAGUGUGUGGUUAAAUGGUAUGUGUUCUAAUCUAAAGGCAACUUAACUUGGGUCAGGUCUUGUUGUUAGGCCGUGCUAACUAAAUGGUGUUGUAAAAGAUUCAUGUUGUAUGCUGCAUAGCUUCAGUGUGAAAGCUUCUCGAUAAUCGUCUUGUUUUGAAGACAAAAUAAUGUUUUAACUCCCUGUUGUAAAACAUCUCUAGUGACCUGACGAGACAGACGCUCUGGCUUUGUCCCGGCUGAGCGGACUGUACUUUUUACAGUGAGGAUCAGGACAGGAAGGGGUUGGAGACAAAGAUGGAGGAGUAGUGUUUGGUAGAGUGAUACACUGUUAAAACAUCCCAAAUGGUACCCUAAGUAGUGCACUACUUUUGACCAGGGCCCAUAGGGGCUAGUGCACUAUAUUGGGUCUCUGUUCUCAUCUUUGACUUCCAAAACAGAAUGUUGUUGAGGUGUUUAAAAAAAAAAAAAAAAAGUUAGUCCGGGUGUCUUUUUGUAAGUGUUGUGUGAGUAGGGGGACUCCUUUCUAUUCCCAACUACCCCAAUAAGCACUGCGAGGCGGAUGUACCUUUUCGGAUGGACAUUUUGCUGUCUUGUGUAAAAAGGACCUUGCCAUGUUUUCUAUAGCGAAUGUGAGUCUCUUUGUGAAGUGUGUUACCUACCACCUUUUUAAAGAAGAGAAGAGAAAAAAAAAGCCAUCUUGAUGAGUUUAAAGUAAAAACCCACAGCUUUUGGAGUUAAUCUGUGUACAUAUCUGUCCACUAGCAUAUAAAUAUUGUGAGUUUGAGAAAAAAUAAAAUAAAAACAAAUCACUCAGGGCCUCUCGGUAUAUAAGAAUAAAGGAAAACGGUCUGUUCUAAUUUGACAGAUGCCAUGAAAAGGUUGGUGGUGGAUAUGAAUUGUCUUGGUUGUUUUCCUCAGGCCUCGCAUAUUUUUAAUGUAAUCAAUUAAGAUAAUAAUAAUAAUGUUGUUUUUUUGCCAGAGUAGUGGAUAUUACAUCAUAUAAAUUAUAAAUUUAGUUUGUGUUCUUGAACAACCACACGACGUACAGACAUGCAUAUUUACAUAGCGGUUGUGAUCCCAUUUUAUAACGUGCCAUUGAUGCACACUAUUCUACCUAAAACUACAAAAGGUGUUUGCAUGAUUUAAAAAAUGAAAAAUAAUACUAAAAAAUAAAAACCAAUUGUGUAUUUCCAGUGAAAGAUAUCUAGCCAUGGGGGACGGUGGACUAUUUAACGGUGCACAAUAAGCAUGCAUGUCCUACCAAGUCCCAACUGGUUUUUAGCGAGCUCUAGUCGGCUUCGGGUUGGUUCUUCAGAUGGCGUUCCGUCACUGCUCAGCUGAUAACUGCCAUGCGUUGUACUGCACACGUUUGUAACCCAACUGAAUGACUACAAGAUUUUAUUUGCGCUUUAUAAAAUACAUUUUUAAAAAGUUGCCUGGACUUGGAACUGGGAAGAAAUCCAUGAUUUUAAAAGUUAUUAUAUAUGUAUGC